AUGGCCGAGCUGCGGAGGGAGGACCCCCCAAGAGUCGUCUCGGUGCUCUCGUCUGUUCUCCGGAGGGUGAUGGAGCUCAACGACCUGGCCAUCCACGGCCGGCUUGCAGCCCCCCACCCCCGGGCCUCUGCCUUCCAUGUCCCCCGGGUUCCUGGUAUCUCGGUUCAGAGCUACCUCGAGCGCAUCUUCCGCCAUGCCGACUGCAGCCCCACAUGCUACGUCGUCGCCUACGUCUACCUCGAACGCUUCGCGCAGCGCCACCCGCCGGUCUUCAUCAACUCCCUCAACGUCCAUCUUCUCCUCCUCACCUCCAUCCUCACCGCCGUCAAGUUCAUGGAGCGCAUACACUACGACAAUGCUUAUUUUGCAAGGGUGGGAGGGAUAACGUUGAUGGAGAUGAACAAUUUGGAAGUGAAUUUCCUGUUCGGCGUGGGUUUCGAGCUGAAUGUAACCCCCACGGUCUUCUAUUCCUACUGCUCUCGUCUUCGGGAGGAGAUGUAUCUACUGGAGUCGCCCCCCGCUCCCCCAAGGUCUCCCUCCUGCUUGACAGAGGAAGAGUCCGACAGCGGCAGCUGGCUAUUCGAGAGGCGCUCCAGUACAUACAUAGAUGAGUAG